AUGGCAGCUGUCAUCGAUGAACCAAAAACGUAUUCAGAAGCAAUGUCUAGUGCUUUCAAAACAGAAUGGAGAAAAGCUAUGGAAGAAGAAAUGACCUCAUUGGAACAAAACAACACCUGGUGUCUUGAGAAACUGCCCACAGAUCAAACCGCUAUUGGUUGCAAGUGGGUUUAUAGAGUCAAAUAUAAAUCAGACGGCACUAUUCUCAGAUUCAAAGCAAGGUUGUGCGCUAAAGGUUAUUCACAAACAGCUGGAAUCGACUACCACGAAAUGUUUUCUUCUGUUAUUAGAUAUGACUCAAUACGAAUUAUUCUUGCACUGGCGGCAGCUGAAAACAUGUAA